GUAAACUAAACCACUCAAGAAAGAUCAUAACGCUACAGCUUGGUCUGUUGACCUGGUAAUUGGACAAGGUUUCCAAUUAUGGCACUGGAGUUUAUUGGUGGAACACUGUUUACGCAGCUCUACGACGGCGUCAAGCAAGCGAUGAGCAAGAGUGGGCGGUUUAAAACGCUUCUCGGAGACCUCAAAUCCACGCUAGACUCUUUAGAACCAAGAGACAUCCAACAGAUUGGAGAGCAUAACGUCGAAUUGGGUCUCCCAAACGAGGAAAUUGAAAGUCUUCAAAUGCAAAUGGAGGAUGGUGUGAAGCUUGUUGGCAAGUUAUCCAACUUUCGCAUUUGGAACUACUGCUGCUUGGAUGAUUACGCUCAACAAAUUGUUGAGUUGGAUAGGGCUCUUAAAAGAUUGUUAAUAAAAUUGAAGAUGCAGGAAGCAAGGGAUGUGAAGGAGGUCUGGGUUUUGUCGAGGCAAAACCGGGAGAAACUUGAUGAAGUUAAUAGAAGAUUGUUGGAUAUACGAAAGUUACUGCAGCAGAGAGCGGGGGAUGUCGUGGUAGAAUUGGUUUCCAUAAGUAUUACCGAGACAGUGCCCGAUCAAGCCCAGGGGAAUGUCUCGGAACAAGGGGCUGCUCUACAAGCAACAUUUGCAGUGUUGUGCGAUGUUGUUAUGGAAGUGAAGGACAAGAACACAGCGUUCAAACCUCUCAUAGAAAAUCUCAUGUCCACGCUAGACUCCUUAAGACCGUUAAUGGAAGAUAUACUAGAAUAUAGAAAACUACUGGAUCGCCAAGACGAGUGUAAAAACUUCAGAAUACAAAUGGAGAAAGGUGUAGAGCUCGUCCACAAGUGCUCCAAAGUUGGUAUGUGGACUGGUUGCAAAAGUUAUAAAUACAGCAACAAAAUUAUUGGAUUGGAUGAAUCUCUUCAGAUAUUGUUAGGUAUACUGAGAGUGCAGGUAGCAAGAGACGUGAGGGAGACGUUUAUUUCGAUAAGGAAUAUAGAGGCAGUGAUCAAGAGAAUUGAAGAAAGUGGUGUGCUGCAAAAUCAAACUCAAGCUGACGGUUGGUGUGCAUUGCCGGAACCUUCAUUGCCUACAAUUGGAUCGGAUGUGCUAAACAUGCAGGGAACGAGUGAUGCGAGGGAGACAUUGGUUUUGUCUGGCACAACAAAAGCAGGUGUCGAAGAAAUUGAAGGGAUUGGCCCGGAACAGACUCCAAGUGAAAUUACAGUGGAUUCACCUUCUUCUGAAGUGAGCUCUUAUCCUCUCUCUACUACUGUAACGGAUUCAGCUUCUUCUUUUGGAUUGAGCUCUUAUCCUUUCUCUACUACUGUAUCAGAUUCAGCUUCUUCUUUUGGAUUGAGCUCUUUUCCUGCCAGUCCGCUUCAAGUGCCACCGAUUCCUAUAAUUUCAAUGUCUUCAAAGCUCAGUAGAUUUGGAUCAGUACAUCUCAGUUUAAAGCAGAUUGCAAAAGCAACUCGCAAUUUCUCUCGAUCGCAACAAGUAGGUGAAGGAAAUUUUGGAACUGUAUACAAGGCUCGGUUAGAUGAUGGCCAAGUUGUUUCUAUUAAACGUGCAAAGAAGGAACACUUUGAGAAUUUGCAAACGGAAUUCAGCAGUGAAGUUGAACUGCUGGCCAAAAUUGAUCAUCGAAAUCUCGUAAAGCUACUAGGUUAUGUUGAUGAAGGAAAUGAGCGUCUUAUCAUUACGGAGUAUGUGCCGAAUGGUACUCUUCGAGAACAUCUGGAUCGUCAGCAUAGGAAAAUCCUAAAGUUCAACCAGCGACUUGAAAUUGCUAUCGAUGUUGCUCAUGCCCUUACCUAUCUUCACACAUAUGCUGAAAAACAAAUCAUCCAUCGAAACGUGAAGUCCUCCAACAUUCUUCUCACAGAAAGCAUGAAAGCCAAAGUGGCAGAUUUUGGAAUUGCAAGGCUCGGCCCGGUGGAAACAGAUGAAACACACAUUUCAACCGAAGUGAAAGGAACUGUCGGUUAUAUUGACCCUGAGUAUAUGAAAACCUAUCAACUCACCCCGAAAAGUGAUGUUUACUCUUUCGGGAUCUUACUAAUAGAAAUUUUCACUGGCCGUCGUCCAGUGGAGUCGAAGAGACCUGCUGAAGAGCGGGUGACACUCAGAUGGGCCUUCAAGAAGUUGAAUGAAGGUAGGGUGGCAGAAUUGGUUGAUCCUUUAAUGGAGGAAACUAUAGAUGCAGAGCUUCUGAUGAAAAUCUUCGAUUUGGGGAUCCAAUGUGCAGCCCCCAUCCGAGAUGCUAGGCCGGACAUGAAAGCGGUGGGAGAGCAGUUGUGGACAAUAAGGGCAGGCUACCUUAGAAGUGUCAAGAGAGGGUAGUAGUAUAAAUAAUGUGAGAUAUAUCUGUUAGAAUAAACAUAUACCAAAAACAUGUAAUUAUGAAUCACAAUGAUCAAAACACAAACCCAAUUCAUAAGCCUGUAGCACAGAGAAGAAACUUACCUGCAGACGAACUUGAAGAAGCAGCAAUUCCAGAUUUUGCAACAACUAAGCAGUGCACCUUCUCCUCUCUCCAGUAAUCAGUUUGCUCUAACUAAUAAUAGGUCUUAGUUCGAUGAUCGAGCAUAUCAACUGUGAGAGCAGAGGCCACUAUAUAUACACAACAUAAUCUUUGCCAUAUCCCCUAAGGAUUCCCCUAUUAGAAUCCUUAUAGGAAACUAAUCCCUUAAAUAGUAGU